AGACGUAGUAAGCAUAAGAGAAUCUGAGAACCAUAAAACUACCCGAAAAACUGCUUUAGAGCUUCAACACCUUUUCAACAGGACAAAAUUUGACUUCCAGGACAGAAAACCCAACCUAUUAGUACGUCAGGUACGGAGUACACUUCGUGUAUGGUGCCUCGAACUAUACCUCACUCGGCCACUUGUGGAUCAUCGCCGGGCCCCAAGACCAAUCCCCAGACAGUCUAUAGAUAGUCCCACUUGUUGAUCCGCCGCUUCAACCUAGGGAUCGUCUUAUGGUGCAACUUUAGCCGCCCACGGCAAGGGCAGACAGAAGAAACCAAGAUAAGAUGUACUCUAUACUAACAUCAAGUUCUGUCAAUAGUAUUCAUAACAGUGCGUGUCUCAGGUUUCGCUCUCGAGCUCAUAAAAAUAGCCACAAUGAGUCUCUGACAUGGUCAAUUAAGAAGGCCUCACAGCCCGGUGGAUCUGUUUCAAUCUACUGCGCGCCGGUCUGCCCCAGUCAACGGACCAUAUCCGCAUUGUGGAGGAGACUUGUAGCUACACUUACUUAUCUUGGCCUAGUUCAACAUAGUUCAAUGUGCAAUCCGUGUCUAUUGGAAAACAGAUUUUUACAGUUGUAUUUAGGCCAGAUAAGGGAGGAACCGAUACUGCUCAAGCGAGUGGGCUUAUUCCACUGGCAGUCUAGGUUUGAAAGAUACUGUGUUGAGAACGAUGGGCAGCGGGUUGAGCGGGUCUCAGUUGGCUCCUUCUGCAGAUGGGGCCCCUUGAAAUCAAGCUGUGUUUACUGCAUAGUGAUCCUUUGUUCGUAACGAUGGAUCCACUGUUGAUAUCAAACAUUGCCCGACUGACAGGUUUUGCGUACGGCUGGUAGUCAAAAAUCAGGACCCCUUUGUGUCAUGUGGAGUGCACCAGCUUCCUGGGACCAGCUGGGUUGUCCCUGGGCGGUUUCAAAGUAAUUAACAACAAUCAACAACUGAGUCAAAGGAAUGAUACUCCAUUCCCAGAAACCUAAAUAUGAUAGUAUGUUGGAGUAACGUACGGAGUAUAUCCCAUGUAUUGACAAUCAGGUAUACCCCGAAAUAAGAUCAAGACGUUGACGAACCGCAAAAACAGUUUGUUUCAGGAUUUAGCCCCGAUGGCCUAAUCUUCUGGUGCUGUCUAAAACAGUGUUAUAGAGGAGAAGGAAGAAAUAUUAAGGGUAUUAGUAUGAGGUUAGUUUGAUAUCCUGAAGCAAUGUACUGCGUGUUGGUAUAAUGUACUCAGCUUCAUCAAUACUGCACUCAAGAAUGGAAUAGAAGCAUAUGUGUAGUAGCUCUAUGGGUUAAUCAGUUUGGUAGACUGAUAACACCAAAGGUCUGUGGCAGUUUCUCAAUAUACUGUCGUCUGGUCUGUGCUCAACUCUGUGAGGCUGUCCUAAGCCAUCGAUUCAAGCUCCUGGUAAGAGAUAUCGACAAGCCAAAGAAUUCCACAGACUAUAUAAGGCCAUAUCACAAGGCAUAUCAGGACAGUAGGGAAAGAACAGAAGCAUAGCCUUCAAGAGACUCUAGAAUGUAAUAAUAAUAAAAUAACAUGGUGGUGAUCGUGCUGGAUCGAC